AUGGGGGACGCAGCAGAGACCAGCAAGAUUCUGCACAACUGGAUGGGCGAGCCGAGGCCGAGGCCGAGCGACCAGGGCGACGAGGAGGAGACGCUUCAGCUCAGCCUCGGCCUGCCCGGAGGAGGAGGAGCAAGUGGGGGUGGGCUGCCACCCGCCGCCGCCUGGAGAAUGCUGCCGGCCAGAGACAAUGAGAUGCGCUCUGCUGUCGACACCUCCAUGCUCUCUCUCUGCUACUCCGCCCCAGCUUUCUCGCCCCGCUCACCAGGCAAGGCAAAAGGGUCCCCAGCAGCGGCUACAGAGAAUGCCCGGCUUGCAUCCACCAACAACGCCUCCCAGGCAAGGCAAAGAUCUCCAAAUACCCCGGUUAUUGGGUGGCCUCCGGUUCGUGCAUUCAGAAGAAAUCUGGCUACCUCUAGUAAAGCAUCCCUUGAACAUCAGAAUGGGAAGAAGGCAGCCAGACCUGAACAGACCACAAAAAGAGCUCCAUUUGUAAAGAUUAACAUGGAUGGCAUCCCUAUUGGUAGAAAAAUUGAUCUGAAUGCCCUUGGCAGUUAUGACGAGCUGUCUCUGUCUGUUGACAAGCUAUUCCGGUGGCUUCUUGCAGCACAACAAGACCCUCUGGAUGCCGGCACAGAGGAGUGUUCACCGGAAGAGGUGGCGAUAUCGGGUUUACUAGAUGGAACUGGGGAAUACACUCUGGUUUAUGAGGAUUAUGAAGGUGAUAGGGUGCUGGUUGGUGAUGUCCCCUGGGGGAUGUUUGUUUCUUCGGUGAAGAGGCUGCGAGUUCUGAAGACAUCUGACCUCUCUUCAUCUAUUGCUGAUGACUUCACAUUUCCCUUGCAGCUAACAACAUCAGGCCGGAAGAGGACGGCAUGCCGUGGGGAGGUGGUCGAGGUGGGAUUCAUCGUGUCCGAUGUGGAGAACAAGCAUGUCGCGCCAUGGAAGGAGAGGCACGUUGGCAGCUUGUCAGGCGUUCCGCGGCGGGAUGAGUACGGUGGCGUAGGUGGUAGGCCCGAUGGUCGAGACCGAGUAGUAUGCCGAGCGUGCCGCCAAUGGCUGCUCGUUGAAGGACCUGACCACGGAGAGCACCGAGGUGCCGACCGGGACGCCGUGGUUGGUGACCUGAAAGAAGCCGUAGGAGCGUGCCGUGGCGCCAACGAGCGCGGCUACAUGGGACGACUAUGGGAGCGCGGGAGGGUGAGGUCGACGAACGGGGCGACCAAGGCCGCCGUGGCAGCCGAGGAGAUCGACGAGGUAGGCGUCAGAAAUGGCGGCGGCACCGUGGUGAGGCCGGACUCGACAAGGCCGCGGAUGCCGGCACGCGACUCGUGGAAGACGAACAGGGCCAGCGCGUCCUCCGCCUCGUCAUAG